UCUCACUCAUCCUCAUCUGCAGGAGGGCAAACAAGCAGAAGCCCCCGUCUCUUCGGAAAAGCAGCACGCAUCUGUCAGGACUGUCCCGUUCCGUCGUUUGCAGGAAACGAGAAGGAUUGUGCACGCAGCAAAGCCCGAUGAGGGGCUUGAACUCAGCAGAUAUUGCCGUCGGAAUUGAUAACUAAGUUUCUCGCGCUGCCAUCCAAAGAGGAAGGUACUUUUUGUGGGUGGCCCUUCCCCCCCCCCCCUCCUUCUAAGCGGGGAAAGCAGUCGGUGGGUGCCCAGUCGGCGUCUCUGCAGCUCGCCUGGCUUUGGAGUCGGAUGUUGAUGUCGCUCCUCGCCCACGCACGUCAGGCGAGCGGGGAUGAGAGCGCGACUUCCUUCGCGGAGAGCGCAGCAGCUAUGAGGACACAAGUCUGCUCUCGGGGUUAACAGAACCAGACCACAUCGCACCAGCAGGUAGAAUGCGGGAGCCCUGUCCGUGCGGAGGUGGCGGCGGCGUCCGUGCGUGGAGCCUGCUGCUGUCGAUCUGCCUGGCCUCCUUGACGCACGCGCAGCGGAGUCACACAGUGCAAGUGAAAGCCGGCACGUGCGAGGUGAUCGCCGCCCAUCGCUGCUGCAACAAGAACAAGAUUGAGGAGCGAUCUCAAACGGUCAAAUGUUCCUGCUUCCCUGGCCAGGUCGCCGGCACCACUCGGGCCAAGCCCUCUUGCGUGGAUGCCUCCAUUGUGGGCCAGAAGUGGUGGUGUCAGAUGGAGCCGUGCAUGGAAGGCGAGGACUGUAAGGUUCUUCCGGACCUCACGGGAUGGAGCUGCAGCACCGGCAACAAAGUCAAGACCACCAAGGUGACGCGAUAGUCGAAGAAGACGCCUUUGCUGAUGAAGAUUUGUCCCGAGCUAGGAACGGCGGCCGCCGAGGCAGCCCCGGACUUUUGCGCGGCCCAAACUUGCGCUCGGCCGCAAAGGGCCGCCCGACGCCACCCCCCGGACCGGGGGAAGCGGCAGCUGGGCAAAAGUCCUUUUUUUCCCCAG